CGUCAAACGGUUUCCCCCUCUCCUCUUUAUCUUUUGUUCUUUUGUGCGGCUACUUUUCCAUCUCCGUCCGCCCAUCGCCUUCUACCUCUCGCGUCCGCUCCAGCUUAGCACGAAGCGCAUCCGUCACUCCCCGCGCGCAGCUGAGCUCCCCCCUUCUACUCCACUCCUCGCGCCGUACUCUCCUAUGCCCUCGUCUUGAAGCAAGGUGCUGGUCUCCUUUUGGGCGUAGUGGCAGUGGCAGUCGUGGUCCGGGGCGCGCGGCGGCCGGUUCUUGGUUUUGUAGCGGCCGCAUUCUGGUUUCUGGGAUGGAGAAGGAGAGGAAGCAGGGGUUCUUCGCGGCGCUGAAGGAGGAGGUUGUGCGUGGGCUGUCGCCGGCGAGGUCGAGGGGGAAGUCGCCCGCGAGGAGCGCGUCGCCGGGUAGGAUGCUGAUCCCGCGCCGCCGCAAGGAGAAGCAGCCGCCGCCGGAGAAGCUGCUGCAGCAGUACUUCGCGGAGCCGCUCAUUUCGCGCUCGGGGAGUCUGCGGCCUGGAGGGGAGGCCCUCGCACCUCUCAUUGAGGGGCCCGACCCGGAGCGCCUCGCCGCCGGGGACUUCGCCGGCGGCGAGGAGUCCGCUCGGCGGGAGGGGUUCGGCCGCUGGGUCCGCGGGCAGCUUGCGCGCACGCCGUCCGUGGCGUCCUCCGCCGCCGCUGGCGGUCCCGGUGGUUCGAGCGACUCGUUCCGGCGCUCCGACCUCCGCCUGCUCCUCGGCGUGAUGGGCGCGCCGCUGGCCCCCAUCCCUUCGAAGCUGGCCGAUCCGCUGCCUCUCCUCUCCGUCAAGGGGACCCCCAUUGAGUCGUCGUCGGCGCAGUACAUUUUGCAGCAGUACAUGGCGGCGUCGGGCGGCUACAGGCUGCUGCAGUCGGUGCGGAACGCGUACGCCAUGGGCAAGGUGCGGAUGGUGGCGUCCGAGUUCGAGACCGCGACGCGCGUCGUGAAGAACCGCGGGCCCAGCGGCCGCGGCGCCGCCUCCGUCGAGCAAGGUGGAUUUGUCCUCUGGCAGAUGGCGCCCGACAUGUGGUACGUCGAGCUCGCCGUCGGCGGCAGCAAGGUUCACGCCGGCUCCAACGGUCGCCUCGUAUGGCGCCACACGCCCUGGCUCGGCGCCCACGCCGCCAAGGGCCCCGUGCGCCCGCUCCGCCGCGUCCUCCAGGGUCUCGAUCCGCUCACGACGGCCGGUCUGUUCGCGGAGGCGCGGUGCGUCGGCGAGAAGAAGGUGAACGGGGAGGACUGCUUCAUCCUCAAGCUCUCCGCCGACCCGCAGACGCUGAAGCAGCGGAGCGAGGGGCCGGCGGAGAUCAUCCGGCACGUGCUGUUCGGCUACUUCAGCCAGCGCACCGGCCUGAUCGUUCACAUCGAGGACUCCCACCUCACCCGCAUCCAGCCGCACUCCGGCGGUGACGCCGUCUACUGGGAGACCACCAUCAGCUCCGCACUCGAGGACUACCGCCCCGUCGAGGGCAUCAUGGUUGCGCACGCCGGCCGCUCCGCGGUGACGCUGUUCCGGUUCGGCGAGGCCGCCAUGAGCCACACCAAGACGCGGAUGGAGGAGGCCUGGAGCAUCGAGGAGGUGGCCUUCAACGUCCCUGGCCUGUCCGUCGACUGCUUCAUCCCGCCCGCCGACAUCCGGUCCGGCCCCGUCGGCGAGUCCUGCGAGCUGCCGCCGCCGCCGCACCCGCACCCGCACGGCGAGCGCGCCAGGCCCAGCUCCAUGCACCCGGCGCGCGUCGCCGCCGUGGACCGCGCCGCUUCCCACCACAAUGGCGGCGCCAACGUCGGCCGCCGCGGCGAGAAGAUCAUGUGGAGAGUGGAAGUGUGAAAGAGAGGCUGUUUAGUGUUAGCUAAGCACCGCUUAGAGUGAAAUUAAACCAAGCCCAAAUUGUUCAUACUAAUAGAGUUUAAUCUUCCUCUGCCAAUUCAUAGCUGCCUCUAUCUACCUUCAUUUUUUUCACCAUUUUCCCCCCUCUGUAAAUAGGAGCAUAAAUGUUCUCACUCAGGCCACUCGUGUUUCCUCACUUUUAUGGCCUGAAGUGAAUCUUUAUCCUCUGAAUGCAGAAGUUUUAGUGUAACCUUUUUACUGAACUCCUACUCUUGUAGGCCUUCAGAAAAUCAGACCUGUACUACUAAUUUGAGAAUCACCUGACCUUUCAUGUUACUACUCUACUCAUCACAACUCCACAACCUACUGCCAUUUUUCUUGGUUGUGGCACU